AUGCACAAGACGAUAAUGGAAUCUGAUGCGAGAGCCUACGAAGAACUAAACCAACCGCAAUACGAAGCCGGUUGUAAGUUUAUUGAUAAAGUGAAUCUCUCCCCCGGGGUCAAAGUGCUUGAUAUGGGCUGUGGCACGGGAAAUCUCACCAAAUACAUCGCUGAUAUUGUUGGGUCAUGUGGUCAGGCGGUGGGAAUUGAUCCUGAUGUUGAGAGAAUCAAAAUAGCUCAAGAGAAGUAUCAUGAGGUUGAUAAUCUUCAGUUUCAUGUUGGUGAUAGUGUGACUGGAUUCCCCAAAGAAAAGUCGCCAUACUAUGACGUUCAUAUAACAAUGAAUGCGUUUCACUGGUUUCCACACGAGCAGAAGAAGAUUUACAUACAGAAAGCUUACCAAUCUUUGAAAUCUGGAGGAAAACUGGUUAUUCUGUGCACAGAUAAGGUAGGCCCUGGACGAGCUGAUCAAUCCGAGAUGUUUGGCAUUCAUUAUUUGACAAAAGAUGAAAUGAAAAAGCUGUUUCAUGAAAUUGGUCUGUUCAGUGAAGUUGUCAUAAGCCAGACCUUUCUCACAGCCCAUUUCAAGUCGUAUGAGAUAUUAAAGCGUUGGGUCAAAGCGACAUCACAUCGUAAUAUUGAAGAGUUAUCUCCAGCUUAUACGAAAGAAGCUACGGCUAAAGUUGCUACUUUUCACGACAAUGGCAGCAUCGUAUUGAAUAUACCGUGUCUUCAUAUCACCGCAAUUAAACAAUGA